AUGGGCAAGAAGCCGCAAUGGUCUGCAGCCGAAUGGGAAGCUUGGCAUGCCUCAUCUUCCUCGCAGCAUGGUGGAUGGAACCGCGCCAAGGGACGUGGCAAGGAUGCUGGCAAUGCCGGACAGCAGCCACGAUGGCCGAAGGGCGAAGGCAAGGGCCCCAGGAGCAAUGGCACCGCGUUCCCAAGCUUCGAGGCGAUGGAUGCUGGUGGUACCGGAGCGAGAUCUUCUACCAGAACAAGGGACCGCAUGGAGGCGGACGAGGAUGCGAACAACAACCCCCAAGUCGCCCGGGGUGUCCAGCGAGUCUUGAAUGGCCUUCGGAAAGCCGAGGGAAAAGCGAGGCGCCUGGAAGAAGAACGGACAGAGCUAGAACGAAAGUGGAAUGUCUACCGACAGGAGCUCCAGCAAACGUUCAUCCAGGAGAAGCGCCGAUUCCAAGAUCGACUCAGCAAGCUCAGCCAAGACCUACAGGAGGCGGAGCAAGCCCAAGAGGAUGCCCUGCUCGAACUCCAAGGUGCUCUCCUCGAGCCGCAGGCGGCGACUCGCAACAAGCCGCAAGAGGACAACACGGAGGCCAUCGAAGAGCUGGAGGCACUGCUGAAGUCGCCGGAGCGACCCACGACUGGGAUUGCGGACAUGUUGAUGGGUGCUAUGCAAGGCGGAGACCGCGAAGCUCGACGGCGACAAAUCCUCCAGGCGAUCGAGGCGGACCAAGGGACUCAGGGCCGCGACCCCAUCUGGCAGCAAGCAGGUGGAACCAACUACGAGGACCACGGCGGCAACAGAGCGGACAGGAAGGAAGCCGAGGAGAUCUCGGACGACCCGACCGACUCCCCCCGCAUGGACGAUGGCACGAACAAUCAGUUUCUGAUGCUGGCUUUUUCGGCUUGUCCAGCAUGGGACCUCUUCUUUAUGAAGCAGUACAUCCAGCUGUUGUUCUUGGCGUACAAGACAACAAGGGGCGCCCCCCCUGACAAUGGUUACGGCUGCCGAGUCUAUGACCUCCUGGACUGUAUUGGCCUCCUCUUGGCUACAUUACAGGACGGAUUCCUUCGCUGGGCCAGUGUGGCGAAUGCAGCGGCCCAAGGAUGGUGCAAUGGCUUCCUCCUCUUCCAAACCGGGGCCCUGCUGUCUCUUCUGGCUGUUCCGGUGUGUAGACCUGCCGUUGGCAGGCGACCAGCACAUAAGCUGUUCAUGGCCGGACAUGCCAAGACAUUGAUUGUCUUCAUGCUGCUGCAACCUGCUGGUGCAAUGCAGAACGGCUGGACCAACCGGCCACACGACCGGACGACUCACUCCGUCCUCAGCCCUGUCCCAAAGCCGACUGACCUAGAAUUAUGGGCAGCGGGACAACUCACCAUGCGGGAGCAGCUCAUUCGCGCCAAUACGGCUCGAAUCCUGGGAGCCCCUCUUGGACAUUCGGAAGGUGAGAUCGCCCCUCCGACACUGGAGGCCCGCAUCGCGACGGCCGACGAUGACCCGGCGCCGCUCAACGAGGACGACAGACGGGCGGUGCAUGUGACGGUCUGGAUCGCGACUCCUCACUUCAGUAGUACGGUUGUGGACCUCGGUAUCGCCUUCCCCCUGACGGAGCAGAGACUUUGCGAUGCAGUGAUUGGAACCUGCACCGAGCUGCCCGACUACAUCGAGACGGUGAUCCCGACUGUCCCACAACUCGCCUCUCACUUCGGAAGUUGCUUGGCGGUGCCUUCUUGGGUGCCAGCUGUGGGCAAAACGGUUUUGCUGAUGGAUAGCAGAGGCAUCGGUGGGGAGCUGUUCGCCUUCUAUCACGAAGGCCCCCUUACAGUCCACAGCCUUGGCAAGCAACUGCCGGAGGACAGCUCCGACUACGACCUCUACCUCUUCGGCAGCCACAACCCCCUACAGCCACAUGCCACGCAGCCUGCUAUACAGGGUGGCAUUGUCAAGGCUGUUUUUGCUGGGGACCACUGUACAUGGGAAGAUGCCCUCCAGACUCGGCUUCUUGAUCCUACAAGGUGGAACCCGAGGCUAAAUCCACCGGGCAACAGCCAGAUCGAGCACGCGGUCUACCAGAGCCCCGAGGAUCAGCUUGUCUAUGAGGAGAUCCUGGGCUCGGACGACUUGCGAGAGGAUCUGGCUGAACGCAUCAUGCUCUUCAGCCCAGGUCAAUGCUGCACAGCGGAGCCGACCCGACCAGCUGAAGACCUCUACCAUGCGGGCCGAAGGAUCACCAAGCAAAUCGCGGUCAUACCGGGACCUCGCAGUACACCCGAAGAUGACCCGGAUACCACGGUGAUAUUUGCUGAUCUACGCGGACUGGGAUUCUUCCCGCAGUGGAUCCUCCUCCCCGGGCCCUUUUUCGACUCUUCUGAGUACUUGGAAGGCAUCCAGGCUCCCGUCGUCGAGGGCUGGACUAUCAUGGUCGAGGGUGGCGAGCUCACAUCCCAGCCGGAGAUCCUCCGUGUCAACAACGGUGAACUACUUGUCUUCUUCCUGAAAGAGACCGCGGAACUCUCCUCGUCACCAGCAUCCCACCAUGACAGCGACCUCGACACAGAUGGUGACCAGGAUGGAGAUCGAGAUGGACAUGACCCUCCCCCUGAAGAUCCUGAUUCAGCGGACCUGAUGGGUUCCUCUCCACCCUCGCCCGACAUGCGAGGCCGAAGUCCACAAGGACCACCGCCACCAAGCCCGGUCAACCGCAGCCGAUCGCCACGCCCAACUGGACACCCACGGCGCCACGGAGAUGAACAAAACUCGGGGCUUUCUUCCGCGACCCCUGCUGCCUCUACAACCCUGAGCCUUGCGACUGUGAUUCCCCCGCCGGUGUUUGACAUCGCUCUGGAGUCGCUUGCAAUGCCCCACACCCUGCAGGACAUCACGGAGAUGAUGCGACCCAAUCCGGUCUCCGCGGCCUUGUCCACUGGAGCCAAGUCUCGUGAUUCUCCUCGAAAUGUCCUCAUGAGCCUCUUCGGCGUCCUGGGAGAACCUCUCCUCGGAGCCUCAUUCUGCCCCUGGGGGCCCACUGAUGCUCCGGCUCUUCAGGCAGAACAAGCUGCGAUCGUUAUGGCCCUCCUUUGGCUGGGACAGAGCCUGCACUUUCUGCAGGCUAGCGACUACAUCCUCCAUUUUGACUGCCAGGCGGCAGGCUGGUCAGCGGAUGGGACGUUCGCGUGCUGCAACCCGCUUGCGGUCCGCACCAGGCAUCUCGAGUCCUACCUGCAGGAGAUCACGAACCAUAGACUGAAGUUUGCCUAUGUUCGGGCACACGAUGCACAUGCUUGGAACGACUUGGCAGACACAGUUGCCAAAGCUGCCUCCCAGCAGGCUGGAAACUUACCGGGGCCACCACAUCGUGUCAUCGAGCACUUCCUGUGCCUCGAUCUUAGCUGGGCGGCAGCGUGUCUAUACGGCGGCAGACACGGAUCGCUACCAAUGUUUGCGGGACAGCACCUUCGGUGGGAUCCUGGACAACAGAGAGGCGCCAGCCCCCUAAGCCCGGAGGAACUGAUCCCAGUGCAAGUUCCCAGCACGGGCCCCCCUGGCAAAGCCCGGCGAAUGCAGAUCAAGGCUACCACCAUCAACAUCCAGGGCAUCAAGGGCAAGUACAAAUAUAUCUCCGACCAAUUGGCACAGGCCCGCUACCAAACGGUCUUCUUCCAGGAGCUCAAGGACGCUGAGGGCCUAUGCCGCACUGGAGAUUACCUUCGGCUUCACACAGAUUCACAAUCGCACUGGGGCGUUGGAAUCUGGCUAAAUCGCCGCAUUGGGUUCGCAACCAUUGCGGGCCAGCCGGUCAGGGCCGAAACAGAGGAUAUCCAUGUCCUCCACAGCGAGCCGCGACUACUUCUAAUAGCAGUGCGAAAGUUCCAGAAGCGCUUUCUCCUCUUCUCCGGGCAUUGUCCACACACCGGACGACCACAAGAGAGAGAUGCAUUCCUGCACCUCUUCCGAAGCCUACUCAAGCAGGCCGGAGAAGCCUAUAUGGUCCUGGGAGGACUGGACCUGAAUGGACGCCCACCGCCCAAUUACUCGUUUGUGACUGGCAGCCUGCAACACGGGGAACCAGAUGAGGCAGGUGAACAACUUGCCCAGAGCUGUCUGGACAUUGGACUCUGGAUCCCGGCAACCUUCGGGGAAAUCCAUAUUGGGACUACCACGACAUAUGUCCAUCCCAGCGGAGGAGAGCAUCGCCUCGACUUUGUGCUGGCUGGAGGCCAUCACCACAGUACCGAGGCCCGCAGCUGGACAGACCUGGACGUUGACACAGGCAAUCGUCAGGAGGACCACCGGGCCGCCUCCCUCCAGCUACAUGGACACUUUGAUGGAGCCCGGGACACUCCCAGACUCCUCCGCCCCCGAUACGACAGACAAAAGAUGCUCUCUGCAGAGGGCAAAGCCAUCCUGGCUCAGGCAUACAGAGACUACGUCCCGCCCUCAUGGGAGACCCACAUUGAUGCCCAUUGUCAACACUUCCAGGGCUUCAUCGCUGACGUCUGGGCAUGGAGAGAGCUCAAAUUGAGCCUGAAGAAGCGGACUGCCUACCGAAAGGACCUCUGGAAGACCCUCCUACAGGCGGCCUUCUCACGAUGGGCUGGGGACACUACUGUGGACCUGGCCCCGGCGGCACGCAUUGAUGGACUUCUCUACGAGGUCACGGCGACUGCCAUUGGCAUCGCCACGGCGCGGAUCAAGCGGGAGAUCUACCAGGCCAAGGACAAGUUCCUCAAGGGGCUCAUCGCGGACGGGGCCUACGGGACCACGGAUUUCCUGAGGAAGAUGAAACAACAUGGCAUUGGAGGUCGCAAAGCUCGGUCUGCCUUCAAACCGUUGCCAUGCUUACUCCAGCCCGACGGACAACCAGUUGUUGAUCGCUCUGCCCAAGAUGUCUUGUGGCUUACGCACUUUGGUCAACAGGAGCUUGGCGAGGUCAUUUCUACUGUCGACUUCCUACAGCAGAAGGUCCACAAAUGCGCUGGCAUCGAAGAGGUUGAGUGGACACUUGCCGGACUACCGACUGUUGAGCAAGUCGAAUCUGUGCUGCGAGCUGUACCCCGUGGCAAAGCCCCGGGCAUUGACGGUCUCCCUGGUGAGGCCUUUGCUGCUGCACCUCAGGCCCUUGGUCUGGCAAUGCACAGCCUCGUCACCAAAUGCAUGCUGGGCAUGCAACAACCUAUCCAAUGGCGAGGAGGCAUCUUGUACGCUGCCUACAAGGGCAAAGGACCCACCUCAGAUGUCGACAGCCAUCGCUCGUUGUAUGUCAGCAGCAUCCCGGGAAAGGCGUUUCAUCGGCUACUACGGGACCAAAACCAAGAAUGCCUUCAACGGACGCUCCACGGCCUACAUCUUGGCAGCCGAAAACACUCCCCGAUCCAGUUCGCUUCCCUCUACCUUCUGAGCAUCUUCAGAAAGGGAGCACGUCGAAAGAUCUCCACUGGAGCACUCUUUCUGGAUACGCGUUCUGCGUAUUAUAGAGUGGCAAGGGAAAUCGCCACUGGCCCAAUAUGUGAUGACUACACGAUUGCCCGCAUCUUCAAGCACUUCGAGCUUGAUGGAGAGGACAUCCAUGACCUCUACUCCAUCAUCCGAGCAGGAGGGCUUCUCCUGGAGGCUGGCACCCCCUCAAUGCUGACUGCGGCAGUUCGAGAUAUCCACCACAAGACAUGGGCCAUCAGUGCCUGUUCGACUGGGCAACAUGUUGCCUCCUCCACGGCUGGGAGCCGGCCUGGCGAAUCCUUCGCGGACGCCAUAUUCGCCUUUGUGUAUGGAAGAGUACUGGGCCAAAUCGCUGAAAUCCUUGAUGGCGAGGGAGUCUUGUCCUAUGGCUCGUACGACUCCUCGACCGGCAUUCUUGGUUCCGGCACCGCGGGCGAUCAGCACCUCCUCCGAGAUGCGACGUGGGCAGACGACAGCUCGUUCCCAUUACAAGACGAGUGCCCCCACAGAUUGGUACGUAAGGCGUGCAGAGCAAGCUCGGUUGUCUUAUCGAGGUGCAGAUCCUUCGGCAUGUGCCCCAAUCUGGCCCCGGGAAAAACAGCUUUGGUCCUUGCCCUCAGAGGACGUGGUUCCCAGAAGGCCCGGCGUGAGCACUUCUCCCAGGAUGGUAAAACCCUCCUCCUGGAUGACCUGCAACUUCGCAUCCCGAUUGUGCCACAAUAUGUUCACCUCGGAGGCGUCCUCGACAUGCAUGCAACCGGGAAAGCUGAGCAACGUCGCCGACUAGCCCUGGCACAGAGCUCCUAUGACAGUGGCAAACGACUGCUGUACCAGAACAAGACAAUCCCUCUCCGCACCAGGGCUCAGAUCUUCGAGGUGUCGGUGCUCGCGAGUCUGUUCAACUUGGCCCAGUUCCUGCCGGAUGACGACGUCUGGAACCGACUGACCGAUGGCUACUCUCGCAUCGUUCGCAAGCUCCUUGCGACGCAUGUGGCCGGCGACCAGCUCUUCCACAUCCCUCUGCCGAUCGUGCACCUGUCCACCGGCUGUUGGCAAUUGUGUCUCCAUGCACGACGGGCUCGCUUGAGUCUAUUGAGCUCCUUAGUCUGCCACGGCCCUGAAGCACUGUGGGCUGUCAUCCAGGCCGAAGAGAGUUGGGCGACCGUUGUUCGAGAUGACCUACGACGCCUUGCAGCCGUUCAACCAGGAUGGCCAGGCGAUCGGCCGGAAGAUUGGCCGGCUUGGUGGCAUUCCAUUCGGGAGAACCCUGGCCGUUUCAAGCUCCGGGUAAAACAUAUGCUCCGGAAAGAGCACGAGGCGCUGAUGGCCACUGAGGCAGUACAAGUCGGGCUUUGGACCAUGUAUCGCAAGGCCAGUGCCCGCCUCCCGUUACCGCCGAAGCCCCAGAGCCAAUGGGUGUGUCGGGCUUGUGACCGUGGCUUCGCUACCAAAGCCCGACUGAGCGUCCACUACUUCAAGACCCAUGGCAGAGUUUCCCGGCAUCGACUCUGCACCGUAGGCACGGACUGUCGUGCCUGCGGCGGACGAUACUGGACACAUGCUCGCCUACAUGCUCACCUGGCGACCUCACCGGGAUGUGUCGAAACACUGAUCGCCAAAGGCCUGACUACUGCUGAACCCCUUCCGGGACGGGUCAGCAAGCGAUGGCGGCAGCUCCAACUCGAACAGUUCACCUGGCAGCCGGUCCAGCACGGCGACCCGGAGUCAGCGGUCGACAAUGAUGCCCCCCGCGAUGCGGCUGUGGCCGCCUGGACGGCCGAGAUGAACUCGGUCUACAGGGCGCUUUGUGACUACUUUGUCAACGGCGACGCUGGUCAACCCUGCGAUCAGGUACGACAGGUACUACGCGAAGCGAUGGCACAACAACCGCUGUACCGAACGGAGGAGCAUGCUAUCCUAGAAAGGGUCGCUGACGAUGCACGCCUGCUACAGCAAGACGUUGACUUCAAGGGACAGUACGACAGUCUCUGCGAGGUGCUCAUCGACCCGGAGGCCGUGUUGUCCCACCCGGUCAACUCCCCUGACCCCCACGACAAGGUCUCCAACACCUUCCGGGAGUUUGACAGGGCGAUCACGACCAUAGACUGGAGUGAGCUGAUCACGGCAAGCCAGAAGCACGGGACCCAUGAACAGGUGCUAAUUCAUCUCAACACGGGCUGGGAAGCUGAAGAGCUCGUGAGGAGUGGCACCUGGGAAACUUCAGCCGUGCUCCGACAGCCGUACCUUAUUGUCCCAGAAAAGAUAAGAGAGGCCUGGGACCGCGUUCUCGAAGCUAGAUACGCGAGUCUCUGUGCCCCGGAUGUCUUCUGGGCCAGCCCUUUUGCAGUGCCAUUUCGAUCACUGCCGGCCGAUAUGCAACCAAAUUAA